AAUCCCUGUAACGUGCUAAAAUUAGCUAAUUUAUUGCUCAGACUACAACAAUCACAACCAACAAGAAAACCAACAGAAACCGUAACAGAAACAACAAACCCUUGGCAGUCAUAACAUUUGCCGUGCUGCUGGUCCAUGCCCCAAAGCUCCACUGCAGUAGUCUGAGUAGCCAGACUGGACGUCACAGACAGCGGCAGAUAGAAACCAAAUACAAUUGACAUUUAUUGGCCAAUAUAUAUUUAUAAGGCCCGAACGGAAGUGGCCGAAAUCCCGAAAGGAGACUGGAGACUGGCCAUAAAAGAGAAGCAAAGAUACGAGAAAAAUAUCUAUUUCAAUGCUGUCGAAGCUGCAUAAAAACUGUCCAACGACAGGCCAAGGGGCAGCUCCUCCUCCACGCCACAUGCAAAUGUCCGCAAGGAGAGCAGCGAGUGGGAAGCCAACCCACAGACAACAAACUGGGCGUGGCUGCAUCUGCUGGCUGGCCGUGAUCGGACUUCUCCUACUGGUGCCUGAUUUUAUUGCGGCACUCAAGGAUGUCUCGGUAAUGAUACCACAGGCGGUGAAACGUGGCAGUAAUGCCUUGUUCACGUGUAAUUACGAUAUGGAAAAUGAUACUCUAUAUUCGGUGAAAUGGUAUAAGGGCAAGCGUGAGUUUUAUCGCUACACACCCAAGGAGAAUCCUGCCAUGAAGGUCUUCGCCAUGACAAGUGGUCUCAAUGUUGAGCGCAACCUUUCGAAUCAAAGUCAUGUCGUGCUGCAGUCGGUGCCGUUGAAUAUUUCGGGCAAAUUUACAUGCGAAAUAUCCGUGGAGGCGCCCACAUAGACCGCCAUGGUGUCCGGCGAAAUGGAGGUGGUUGAGCUGCCGGAAGAGCACACCGUGGUCACCGGGAUACAGGCGCGCUAUCGCAUUGGCGAUUUGGUCGAUGGCAAUUGCUCAAUUAAAUACUCGAAACCGGCUGCUAAUUUGACAUGGACUAUUAAUGGUAUUGUGGUGCCACCGCAUCACAUCAAGACGUAUCAGAUUGAGAAGCAGGAGAAUACCACACUGGAAUCGGUUACAAGUGCCAUACAUUUCAUGGUCACCACUCAGCAUUUUCUCAAGGGUCAGAUGAGGCUCAAGUGCACGGCCAAUAUCUUUGACAUCUUCAAGGAGGAAAUGGAGAGUGUCAUUGAGGAGGACAGACCCAGGAUAAUGGCCUCCGGCAGAUCUUACGAUAUCAACAAUUAUCCCCUCGAUGAGCAUACGAAUGGCGAGAGGGGCUUCGAGGAUCACAAUGAAUCAUAUUUGACAUACUAUUCGGCGGAUAAUAGUGCAUCGGGCGCAUCGACAGCUGCACAUGAAAUCUUUUGGCACGUCUGGCCAUCGAAGCUCGGGGCAGCACUUCGGAUCAGACUUCACAUCAACAGGCAGUUGGUGGGGGCGUGGCCAUGGGAAGCACUCGGUGCCUGGAUUACGCAAGCAGCGAGACCGGGAACAGCUCUUUUGUGUCUGCUAGGGCUGCUGGCCCAUCAAAUUAUCAACUGUCAAUACACAAAGAAAUCGACAGCACCAGCAACAGCGACAGCGACAGGAACAGCGAUGGGGCAGCUGCAGCAACAGUCGCCCGGAGUCGAAACGGAGGCUGUGACAAUGUCAAAGGCGGCAGCAUUUGCAGCUGGAACGAGCGUCAAAUGCUUUUAUAAUUGUCAAAUGGCAAUGGCAACACACAAGCCCCAUCCCCGUAUGAAAAUCCAGGAGGAAAAGCAUGAUGGUGGGGAUAGGACUGUGACUGUGGAUCCAGACGAUGAUGACGCGAAUGUUGCAAGUGUGGCAAAUGUUGGCGAUGAUUUAACUGCAACUGCAGCGGGAAUGGCAAAGGGAAUGGCAAAAGGAACGGUAACGGGAACGGAGCUGCAACAGUGGCAUCUGGAGUUGCCGUUAAGCGACUGUCAGCGACACUUGUGGGCGUGGCAGGGCCCUGGUUGGAUCAACGAUUAUUGAUGACUCGCCGACGAAAGAUGUGGAGGACGCCCGUUCCGGGUUACUCCGACUGCCUCUCGUGCUGAUGCCGAAUUGAUGAUGAAAUCCAUUUCCAAAAGUAGCUUAAGGUGUUUGCCCACUUGUGCUACAGUGAAGCCGCUCUCCCCCAGUCCCCCCGUCGCCCAGUCCCUACCCUACCAACAUUUUCCUGCCCGGCAAAGUGAAAAGUUGGAGGAAAUAAUUAAUAUAUAUGAAUAUUAAUUGAAAUCGCCAGCUGGAUGGCCGGGACGCUGCUGUAGUUCAUAAGUGUUGUGCAUAAGGUGAGGGCCGAAGAAGGAGCGAGAAUAAUUAAGUAUAGCCAGAAAGGGGAGACCUUUAAGGAAUCAUUGAAUAAUAACAGGAAAUAUAGUCUUAUUUGUAUUAUUGUAAUCAGGCAAGGUGUAUGAAAUAUGCAAACAUGUAACUAGAGGAUAAAAUCGGUAAAAUACUCGUAAAUAUAGUACACAAAUUCCAUGGCACAUCCCAAUAGUUUGAGAAAAAAAAUCGUAUGAAUUAGUGUUUAAUUAGUUCUGAAAUGUAAUUCAAUCAUUGCUAGUGCACUUUGAGAACUUCUGCCUGCUGGAACAUAUGUAUGUUGCGUUAAAUGCUUUCGAGAAAGAUAAUUUGAGAUUCUAUGAAUGGGCCACGGCCGAACUUUAGCAGAAUUUAACUGCAUUCUUAUCAGCAAAUAAAACUUGCAGCACAACUUCAAAAGCUUGAAUUUCAAAGAGAGAGAGAGAGAGAAAGAGAGAGAGCAAGAAUCGUCAAAACAACAGCAAACGAAGAUCGAAGAAGAACCAACAACAUUUACCGUUCUUUAUGAGUUUGAGGGUUGAUUGCAAGUCGAACAUUAUGCACUACAAAACAACAGAACUACAGUCGAAACUCGCUAACAUGAACUGGCCUACUUAAUGUAAAUGUUGAGAAUGCUUUAUUUCGUCUCAUGGGUUACCCCUUUAGACUUACUCGAUCUGAAAACCAUACCAAGCCUUGACAAUAGACAUUAUUUUGAUUCAAUUGCACAUCCAUCUAUACGCUAACUCCUGUUAGCGAAGUUGGACUGUAAAACGAAGAAAAUCAAUGCAAAGAAGAACGAAAACCACGCGUUGAAUAGCAAGCUGAUGUUUGGACUCUGCACUUGUUCUUAGCUUGCAGAACUCCAAUGCGUUUUAAAGAGACAUUUCGUAAGCCAAUUAGACGAUGCUGUUUAAGGCUGUGUGACACUUCAGAAGGAGAACGAGAUCAAACAAUUGUUGAGAUGGAUCUUAUUAAUCAAUCGAUAAAUAAAUGAUUGAUUGUAAAUUAGUUAAAUGUUUAUGGAUCACUGCUGAUACAGCUCUUUUCCAUAGAAGAAAUAAAAUUAUCGCUGAGACGCUCAAUCUAUUGUAGGUGUCACACAGGCUCAUAAAAUAAAAGCUUUCUCAGCAGCAAGCAAGGCAACCACAAUGAGUUGAUUUGUUUUGUUUGAAUUAUUCUUUAUGUAAAUAGAUGUUUUAGAAACUUCAGGCAUUAAAAUUGUUAACCUAAAUAUAAAUACCUAUGAUAUAAUAGCAGCACUGUAUAGAAAGGAACUUUUUACGGGUUUGGAAAAAAUGCGAAAUUAAUUAUGAAAACAAAUUGAUUUGUAGACGACAAAAAAUAGAACACAAGAAAACUAAAAUAAAAUUGAGUUUCAACUUAUCAUUUGGCAAUAUAUAAAAUCAAAGAAAUAUGAAGAUUAUUUGAAAUUUUUGGCCAACAAAAAUCCAGCGGUAAAUAGUUCCUUUGCCUUGAAAAUAAAUCAAUGUUUAUGUAAUUGGUAAACAACAACGUACCGAAAAUGUUGUAAAUUAAAUGGAAACCCCUUAGAGAAGCAUCUACAUAUAAAUUAACUUACAUAGACAUAUAACAGAUAGGAAGAUAAUAAUUGAUUAAAGAAUACAUCUACAUUUGUAUAUAGUAACUACGAGUACGGAGAGGAAUUUAACUUCAGGAUAGGGUAUGUAAAUGUUAAAAUACAAUAAAAAAUACAUAUUGAUGUGGAAUGCAUGCGCUCAGAUUUCUCUAACCAAAACGUGUUGUGAAAGUUGUCUUCCCUAAUUUACAUUCUCUGCUCAGUAAAUUGUUGGAAAAUUCCAUUUUUAACCUAAGUUCUCAUAUGGUUUCGGUUAUGCAAUGCGACAUGAUCAUAAUAGAGAAGACAUACCAGAUUGUAAAAUAUUAAAUGAAUUUAGUGUACAUAGAAAUACGAGUAUUGUGCUGUAAUAAAUGUAUAUUCAUUUUGAUGUUUUUCAAAUAAUUAAGGAAGAAGAUUAAAUGCAGCCAAAAAAAUAAAUGUUGUUAUCUGAUAAGCCCGGAAGACUAGCUCUAGAUUUGUAAUAGUAAUCAAAUGUAAGUAAAUGGUAAAGCAAAUGCGUUUGCAUUGAAUAUACAAUAUUCAUAUCCCAAUCAAUAACCGAACAUGUGUAAAGCCAGCAUAAGUCUAGAGACGACCUAAAGCCCUAAGUAAACAUACGAGUAACAGUGAUGCAAGAACGCAGCAAGGAAAUAAAAUAUACCCUAAAGAAUAGAGCAGACACAUGAAGUAAUGAUUUCAAAAAGUAUUAUUGUAAAAAGUAAUUUGAAAGCAGGAAUGGAAUAUAUUAAUAGUACAUACAUAUGUAUGUAUGUAUGGCAUUUGUUUGAACAAUAAGCAGGCAGAAAAUAUAUAUUAAU